UCUGUGUUGCCUGAGGCGGGCUGCGGCCUGGACAUGGCUAACAUGGAGGCGCUGCUGAAGCGGGAGCUGGGCUGCGGCUCCGUCAAGGCCACGGGUCACUCCGGAGGCGGGUGCAUUAGCCAGGGCCAGAGUUACGACACGGACAGAGGACGAGUGUUUGUGAAAGUGAACCCCAAGGCGGAGGCCAAGAGGAUGUUUGAAGGGGAGAUGGCAAGUCUGACGGCCAUCCUGAAAACAGGCACAGUGAAAGUGCCCAGACCCAUCAAGGUUCUCGAUGCGCCCGGAGGCGGCAGCAUGCUGGUGAUGGAGCACCUGGACAUGUCCCAUCUCAGCAGUCAUGCUGCAAAGCUUGGAGCCCAGCUAGCAGAUCUACACCUAGAUAACAAGAAGCUUGGAGAGACGCUCCGGAAGGAGGCCAGCACAGUGGGGAAAGGAGGCGGGCAGGUGGAACGGCCCUUCGUGGACCAGUUCGGGUUUGAUGUGGUGACGUGCUGUGGAUACCUCCCCCAGGUGAAUGACUGGCAGAAGGACUGGGUUGAAUUCUAUGCCCAGCAGCGCAUUCAGCCCCAGAUGGACAUGGUGGAGAAGGGGUCUGGGGACAGGGAGGCCCGUGAGCUCUGGUCUGCUCUGCAGCUGAAGAUCCCUGACAUGUUCCGUGAUCUGGACAUCGUCCCAGCCCUGCUGCACGGGGACCUCUGGGCAGGAAACGUAGCAGAGGAUUCCUCUGGGCCCAUCAUUUUUGAUCCUGCUUCUUUCUAUGGCCACUCGGAGUAUGAGCUGGCCAUAGCGGGCAUGUUUGGGGGCUUCAGUGGCUCCUUCUACUCUGCGUACCACAGCAAAAUCCCCAAGGCUCCAGGGUUUGAUAAGCGCCUUCGGCUGUAUCAGCUCUUUCACUAUUUAAACCACUGGAAUCAUUUCGGAUCAGGGUAUAGAGGGUCCUCCCUCAGCAUCAUGAGGAAUCUCACCAAAUGAGCUUGCAGUUCUCUGGAGGGAGGCCUCUGUGGGGAGUGUGUGGGGCCUCAAGUUCAGGAGCACCAGAUCCUAAGCAGGUGCCUGUCCCGGUCCCUCUCGUUCCUCCACAGCCCUCUCCAUCAGGGGUUCUUCCUCAUUUCUUCACACACUUGCAGUAGCUUCAGACCAACUCUCCAAGCCUUGUAAAGUAUGUAAUAUCUCAGAAGAAAGGUUUUGUCAUCCUAAAGUUGUACGCCUUGUUAGACUUCCUAGCUGGAUAAAACCGCACUCGAAAUGUGUGAACGGAAGCACCUGCGGAGCGUGGGCUGCGUCGAACCAUGCCGCUGCCGAAAGGUGGGGAUGGGGAGUGGCCUGUGUACUGGGCCCUUCCCACCAGCCCCACGGUCUCAGCUCCAGGAGAGGUGCUGAUGUUUGGGUCUAGACAUGUGACCGUCUUACUAGGAGCAUCUUACAAUGACCAGUUCCAAAAUCAGGCACAUUCCCUGUCCUUUCGGUGUUACCUCUGGACCCUGCCACGGGCUGAGCAGGUCUGGAAACUGAUUCUGGGAGUGACCAAAUGGCUAGCCUCUGGAGCCAUUGAAUUGCUCCUGUCAGCCCUCCGUCUCGUCUGCCGUCUGCCAAGGCUUGGCAAGUUGUCAUUCCUUUGCAUCACACGAAACCAGCGCUGAGCCAGCCAUUCCCUUUCCUGCAGUCUUGCAGCGAUGAGAAAUGUUCAUGAAUGGCAUUGAUGCUAAUAAACCCUUUUGCAUAAAAAUUUGAAUAAACUCUGGUUUCAGUGAUGCACGAGACUGUAUAUUUCGCUCAUUUAAAUCAUAAUUCAAUGUUUAUCUUAGCUGUUUGCCAAGAAACCUUUGUAAUAUAUUGUGACAAUAAAUGAGUACAACUGUUGUUUCUUAAAA